CCGUUUUCUAAUGUUGAAGCGAGAUCUGCCUGCCAUGUUGGCACGAUAUCAAACAAAAUCUUUCUUCAGAGUCACUCUUUAGUUCUCCUGCUUCUGCACUGAGUUGAAUUGAUGCAUUUCAAGCAACUUUAAUCCACCUACGAUAUGUCCCAGUUGGCGGCGCUAUGUGCCGUUACUUCCUUUCUCUGGCUCGCCUACAAUCUUGAACACCAUCAAACCAUUGAGCGGCCAAGGGUGUCAGCCAUCCUUGUUUUCAUCGUCGCCGCGGGAGCAUGUUAUUUGGCCGGUUUCUGUGCGGCCUGGCUUCCGGGGCCAAAUGGAAGAUUUGACGAUGAGCCGGGGCCAUUGAAGGGCGCUCGCACACCCCUUCCCCGAAAGCCGCGGAGGUUCUUUCUUCCUGGCCUGGUUGCCUGCGUUGUUGUGCGCCUCGAGCUCUUCCACCGCGUGUCAUUGGACCUACAAUGUUCCCAGCCAGGAGUCGAGGCGUUCCUGCCAUUGUUGAUCCUUCUCUACGAGCUCAUGCCAGGUCGGAGGACGCGACUCCGCACAAGUGACGACGACGAGACGGAUCCUGACGACCCCGGUUUGACCAUCUUUGAAGCCCUGGGCAUCUGGUUUUCCGAGUCAAAAUCCUCCCUUACCAUUGGUAUCCUGUUGCUCUCUUGGGGCGCUUAUCUUGCCUCCUCGCAACCUCUUCGGUCUACUUUCUUUUGUUCGAGCCAUGACGGGAGAUACCUUGUGAUUUUCUUCCAAUGGCUCGGGCUCUUCCUGGAUGCUACGAUUGCCAUUCUGCUGUGGCGUGUCCUCGCUUGGACCCGGACGACUAAACUUCGGCUGAGGGCUUUGAGCAGCAUCCUCCUGGCGUCAUCGCUGGGCACCGUGUUCCUGACGUAUUCUUCCAGCGUGCUCAUGCCAGCCAAUCCAGUCGCCCAUCGUUUCAAGGGUAUAGGCUCAUUAUACCUGUUCGACGUCGUCAUCGACGGCCUUGUCUUGUCUGCUUUUCUCAUCUCCACUAGCCUCCUCGCCAUUGAAGGAAGCCCACUCUCCAUCGUCGGCAUCAUCAGCUUUCUCUCCGGACUGCUGCUGGCAGUCAACCAGACGCGGUUGACUGGAACUUGGGAGAACCCCUCGCCUUCCAGCACCUACAUCUCCCUUCUCCUUAUCUGUGUCGGCUUUAUGUUUUUUGUUUAUGCCAACAAUAUACGCACUGUCGUCUUGGUACCCCGCGCGCUCGUGGUCUUCCUCCUCUUCGUCCUCGUUAUUACGGCCUCGAUAUACACGCCCAUCUCUGCAAACCAUGUGUUCGAUACGCACCCAUUAUCCAAGCAAAUCUACGAUGCCCGGGUCGAGGCUGACAGAUGGCUGAUCCACGCGAGUUCCAGCGACUCGUUACAGGCCGCUGUUCGAGAAUACAGAGAGCGCCACGACGGCAGAGACCCACCUCCAAACUUUGACAAGUGGUAUAACUUUGCCAAAGAGCGCCACUCUGUGAUAAUAGAUCAUUUUGCCCAGAUGCAAAAGGACUUGUCGCCUUUCUGGGGCAUAUCGCCAUCGAAGAUCAGAGAAGAUGUUCGCCGGGCCGCGGAGAACCCGGACAUGGCUCUACUCAAAAUCCAGAACGGCAAAGCCGAACAUAAUCUCCCUCCGGCGAAUCCCCACAAAUCCGUAAUGGAUAAACUAGUUGAGCUAAUCGAGGUAUUCGUGGAACAUCUGCCCGAUAUGGAGCUCGCUAUCAACAUGGCUGAGCGCCCACGCGUGCUCGCGCCGUGGCGUGAUAUUCAGAGAUUUACAAAAGCUGGAAGGCGAAGACGAGUAACCAAGCUGCUUCCCACAGCCACUGAUGCUUCCCGCGGCGAGAUGCCUAUACCUCAGCUUGCCGUUCAUGAUACGAUUACAGGCGGAUGGGACUCUACGUCAGUGACGGCGCUCCGGGAGAUGACGGCUCUGACCUGCCCUGCCGGGACCAAGGGACGGUCAGGGGCCCAUUGGGAUAUCCGGGACAUCUGCACCACUUGCAUCAGACCACACUCCAAUGGCCAAUAUCUAGGCGACUGGUCCCUUUCCCAAGAGCUGUGCCAUCAAUCGGAUCUCCUUUGUUUGCACAGCUAUUACAUGACGCCUCCAGACCUGCCCCCCACUCAGGAGCUGCUCCCCGUUUUCAGCAUGGCGAAAACCGACAGCUAUAGCGACAUUUUGAUACCGCUAUUCCGGAUUGCCAAGGGACCCAAGCCCACCACCGAAGGGUUUGGAAUGAAAUGGAAGACGUUGUUCUGGCGCGGCAAAGUAGAUCGUCGCAACUCUGCGCCCGAAUUGCUGCGCGGCGGUCACCAGGAGCGGCUCGUCCAUACCGUCAACAAUGCCACCGGCUCUGACAUGACUACCCUUGUGCUGCCGGUUUCGGGAAACGGGGGCAAAUUUGUCUAUGAGCGAGUACCGACGGCCCGCCUGAAUGCCCUUUUGCCCAUGGACAUCGCGUUCAGCAACUACAGCGCCUGCAAAGCUCCUAGCGACGGCGGCUGCGCCGCUCUUGCGGGCGAAUUCCAGACUAAACCCGACGCAGAACCUCUAAGGCACCAAUAUGUGCUGGUCAUGGACACAGACUCUGGCCCCGCGCGCGAUUUUGCAGCGGUCCUCUCCUCCAACAGUGUCCCAUUCUACGCGACCAUCUUCAAGCACUGGUAUAGCGAGCGAAUGAUGCCAUGGGUCCACUUUGUCCCUAUCGACCUGCGCUUCCACGCACUGCACAGCACGCUGGCGUACUUUGUUGGAAUUCAUGAGGGCAAGGACAAUCCCGAGUCGAAUGGGAAAGGAAUCCAGAUUGUAGGGCGACAAGAUAACGCGCAAUGGAUUGCUGACCAGGGGAGGAUCUGGGCCAGCAAGGCUCUGCGGAGAGAGGAUGUGGAGAUAUACUGGUUUCGAGUCCUACUAGAAUGGGGACGCAUCACUAGUGACGAUCGAGACCAGCUUGGCUAUGUAUUAUAGAGAUGUUCGGGAUUUUCAGCAUGUUCUAAUAAGGUUUUAGAUUUAUAGACUCUUUGCCGC